CCCCCCGAGGCGCCGCCCCCGCGCCCCGCGCAGCGCGUCCCCCGCGCCGCCGCCGCCGCGAGUCCAGCUCCCAGGAGGAGGAGGUCAUCGACGGCUUCGCCAUCGCCAGCUUCAGCACCUUGGAGGCCCUAGAGAAGGAUAUGGCCCUGAAGCCACAUGAGCGGAAGGAGAAGUGGGAGCGUCGCCUCAUCAAGAAGCCCCGGGAGUCGGAAACCUGCCCCCCUGCGGAGCCGAGUGAGAACCGGCGGCCCCUGGAGGCAGGCAGCCCCGGGCAGGAGCUCGAGUCCCCCUGCGAUGGGGCGAGGAAGGUCCCACUGCAGCCCUCCAAGCAGAUGAAGGUCACCGUGUCCAAAGGGGGCGACCGGGACAGUGACGACGACAGCGUCCUCGAAGCCACCAGCUCCCGGGACCCGCUCAGCGAUAGCUCUGCGCAGGCGGUCUCAGGGAGAGGCUACUCUUGCGACAGCGAGAGCGGCCCGGACGACAAGGUAAGCCCAGCGUCUUCCUCCUGGGCUCGGCUGAUGGCCCUGCCCUCCCCUGCUGACUCUGGCCCUGCGAGGUGGGCCCUGGAGACCAGGCAGAAGGCAUCCGUGGGCUCCGAGAAGCUCUUUGCCCCAGGAACCGAUAAAGGCCCAGCGCUUGAGAAGUCGGAGGCCAAGGCCGGGGCGGUGCCCAAGGUGUCAGGCCUGGAGCGCAGCCGUGAGCUCAGCGCCGAGAGCUUCCUGCCCGCGGCCAGCCCCGCGCCCCACGCCGCGCCCUGCCCGGGGCCCCCGCCCGGCUCCCGCGCCAGCCCCCUGGUGAAGAAGGAGCCCCCUGCCCCGCCCCGCCACACCCCGCAGCCCCGCGGCCUGCUCCCGACACACGUGCCUGCAUCCCUGGGCGCCUUCGCGGGCCACGGCCUCAGCAGGAGCAGCAGCGCCCCCCUGGGCCUGGGGAAGCACGUGUCGCUGUCGCCUCACGGGCCGGGCCCCCACCUGUCUACCUCACACCUGGCGCUCCGGGCCCAGGCGCAGCACCAGCUCCACGCGGCCAUGUUUGCCGCGCCCCCAACACUGCCCCCGCCCCCGGCGCUGCCGGCCAGCAGCCUGGUCCUCCCAGGACACCCGGCCGAUCACGAGCUGCUCAGGCAAGAGCUGAACACGCGGUUUCUGGUGCAGAGCGCCGAGCGGCCUGGCGCCUCCCUGGGCCCGGGGGCUCUGCUGCGGGCGGAGUUCCAUCAGCACCAGCACACACACCAGCACACGCACCAACACACACACCAGCACCAACACACAUUCGCCCCCUUCCCCGCAGGGCUGCCCCCGACGCCGCCCGCCGCACCCCCGCCGUUUGACAAGUACGCGCCCAAGCUGGACAGCCCCUACUUCCGACAUUCCAGCGUGAGUUUCUUCCCGUCCUUCCCUCCUGCCAUCCCGGGACUGCCCAGCCUGCUCCCACACCCCGGCCCCUUCGGCUCCCUGCAGGGUGCUUUUCAGCCCAAGACUUCAAACCCCAUUGAGGUGGCCCGCCGGGCUGGUGCGGUUCACACACUCCUGCAGAAAGCGCCUGGGGUGUCUGACCCAUACCGGGCGGUGGUCAAGAAGCCAGGGAGGUGGUGUGCCGUGCACGUGCAGAUCGCCUGGCAGAUCUACCGCCACCAGCAGAAGAUGAAGGAGAUGCAGCUGGACCCCCACAAGCUGGAGGUGGGUGCCAAGCUGGACCUGUUCGGCAGACCCCCCGCCCCGGGCGUGUUUGCUGGCUUCCACUACCCACAGGACCUGGCCCGGCCCCUCUUCCCCAGCACAGGUGCCGCCCAUCCUGCCUCCAGCCCAUUUGGAGCCUCAGCCCAUCCCGGCAGCUUCCUGCCCGCUGGCCCCCUGACAGACCCUUUCAGCAGACCGAGCACCUUUGGGGGCCUGGGGAGCCUGAGCAGCCACGCCUUUGGGGGCCUGGGCAGCCACGCACUGGCUCCUGGCGGCAGCAUCUUUGCCCCCAAGGAGGGCUCCUCCGUGCACGGCCUGCCCAGCCCCCACGAGGCCUGGAACCGACUGCACCGGGCACCACCCUCCUUCCCCGCCCCACCCCCGUGGCCCAAGUCCGUGGAGGUGGAGCGGGUGUCAGCCCUGACCAACCAUGACCGAGAGCCGGACAAUGGCAAGGAGGAGCAGGAACGGGACCUCCUGGAGAAGACGCGCCUGCUGAGCCGGGCCUCGCCCGCCACCCCCGCCGGCCACCCCGUCGUCAGCGGACUCCUGCUCCGGGGCCAGAGCGAGCUGGGCCGGCCUGGGGCCCCUGCGGAGCGCGAGUCCGAACCUCGGGUCAAGGAGAGCCGCUCCCCAGCCACGGAGGAGGCCGCCAAGAUGCCCGCGCACGCGUCCCCGCCCCACAGCAAGGCGGCUCCGGGAAACGUGAAGGUCAAGGAGGAGCGCGGGGAGGACGAGGCUUCCGAACCCCCGGGGGGCGCCCUGCACCCCGCGCCCCUGCAGCUGGGCCUGGGCCGCGAGCGCCUGGGCGCGCCGGGCUUCGCGUGGGAGCCUUUCCGCGGCCUGGAGCUGCCCCGCCGCGCCUUCCCCGCUGCCGCCCCCGCCCCGGGCCCCGCCGCCCUCCUGGAGCCCCCGGAGCGCCCCUACCGCGACCGUGAGCCCCCCCUGCAGGCGCUCGGGGCUCUGCAGGGGGAGCUGGAGCGCGCGCGGGCCCCGCACCUGCCGCCCGCCGCCCCCGCCCUGGACGGCGCGCUGCUGCCCUCGCUGGGCGCCCUGCACUUCCCUCGCCUGGCGCCCGGCGCGCUGCACAACGGGCUCCUGGCGCGGACCCCGCCCGCCGCCGCCGCCGCCCUCGGCGCACCGCCCCCACUGGUGACCGCGGCCGGGCCUCCCACGCCCCCCGGGCCGCCGCGGAGCCGGACUACGCCGCUGGGGGGCCUCGGGCCGGGCGAGGCGCGCGACUACUCCCCUUCCCGAAACCCCCCGGAGGUGGAGGCGCGGUAGCCCCGGGGCCGCAGACGCCUCUCCGAGCGCACCGCGGUCCGUUUCUCCGUCAGUUCCUAGAACUCAAGCACAGCUCCCGCCGAUCCUGGGGCGGCGCCGCCUCUCCACCCGCAGCCCGCGGAGGCGGGGACUUGGGUGUCGGCUUUUCUGAGGGUGAUCUUUUGUUUUCCGAGUUUGGGAUUCGGCUGUUGGGAAAAAAAAAUCGCGUUUGUACCUUUUCCCCCCACAAAUGAGAAGUGUUUGUAAUGGAUUUGUAUUUUUCUUAAUUUUAUGCUAUUUAGACGUUUAAAAGAACCAAAAAAGAAACUUUUGCUUCUUCGUUUUCGGUUGGGAUUUGCAGUUUAAUGGCCUCAGAUCCUUCUCCAGAUCCCCAGGGUUUCAUUGUCUUAUUUAUGGAGAAAAACCGGUCACUUUGUCCAGCGCACUGUGAGGCCCCCACUCAGGCCAGCCCUGGCCCCCCCCCUUGGUACUUGGAACCGAAGUUACAGAUCUAUAUUAAAAUAAUAAUAAUGUACAAAACUUUGUUUUUUGCCUUAUUAUGCAGAAGUGUAAGAGAAUUUCUUUUUUGGUUUGUUUUUUAAAAAGCAAACGAAACGUGUAAAUAGUCUGUUGAUAUAAAUAUAUGACGUUAUUAAAUUCUUAAUCUAGAUAGACUUUAUAAAUCGGUUUCCAGAAACCCCUCUGGUUGUUUGUCUAACAUGGUCACAAAAACCCAGGCGCUGCCGGUUGUAAACAUUCUCAGAAGUUUAAUGGCAGCAACUUUCCUUCAACUAUGCAAGCGCUCCCGCCGCUGGUGGGGGGAGGAAGGUUCCGCCAGCGACCUCCCAGCCCCUGGGUCCAUGGAGGAGUUGGGUACCCCCAUCAGGGCCCCUGGGCCAGCAGAACAGCACUCCUGGGCGGCUCCUGUGGGCUUCAGGACUGGCCAGCUCCAGCCGCAAGGGCGAUUCUGUGGACGUUUGUGUGGAUGGUGCAUUGUUCUCGGAAUCUGUAGACCAGAUCGGUGGAGGUUUAGAAGUGCAAGAGUCUAAAGGCUGAGUACAAAAAAAAAAAAAAAAAAUCACCGUUGUGUGUUUUCUUUCGCCUGAGGCAUCAGUGUCACCUUAGUGUGGGCAUCGCCUCCUGGGCCCUUGGCCUGGCCUCCUCUCGGUUUGGGUUUUGCCCUCACCCACAUGAGCCCCCCAUGCCCUGCCCCCCUUGAGGCCUUUUGUGUUCCCCUACGUCUGGGCUGUGUCCCUGCCAGGCUUCCCAGCCUUCAGGGUCAGCCGUUGAGCCACUUGCUUUGCUCAGUUAUGUGUUUCAGCCACGUUUCCACGGUGGACCCCAUUUGUUUGGAAUAUUCUGUUCCCAUAUCAAUCAGUGAUGAUAAAUACAGCCUUGAUUUGGAUGAAA